UAAAAUUUCGCGCUUAUGGAAUUUGAAAACGAUAGUUGUCAGGCUCAAUCAACACCUAAUUUUUAGAAUCCUUUGCUUUAUACUCCUUAACAUAGUUAAUAAUUUUACUCAGUGCCACCAAAUACAAUCAAUCAAACGUAAUGUUAAAAACCAUAAAAUUAAUUUUGGAUUGAAGGAACUAAUUUGAUAAAUCAAUAAUAAAUGUUUGUUUAGCAAACAUUAUAAUAAUAACCAGCAUUAUAGAUUCAAACUUAAUAGUUUUUCUAAUAACCUUAAGAAUAAAAUGAUGAUGAUCAUGAUUAAGACUACAAACCAGAAGAAGAAUAAGAGUCUGAUUCUACAAGUAGUGAAGAAUAAUAGGAUGAUGUACAAGAAGAAGGUAUAUAAAUAAACUUAAUUUUAAGAAUAAUUUGAUGAUCCUGAUUUUGAUUUACAAGCAUACCUAAAAGUUCGUGAUCAACUUUGA